AUGGUUCUCUCUAAACCUAACGAUGUUCCUGUUCAAAAGCUCUUUGAUCUGACCGGCAAGGUUGUCGCCAUUACUGGAAUUGGUUUAGCUGCAGCUAAUGCAUACGCCGAGGCUGGCGCUCAGAUUGCUAUCCUAUAUCUUACAACUUCAACCGCUCCAGCAACAGCAAAAGAGAUCGCCUCCAAGUACAAGACGCAAUCUCGUCCUUAUCAUGCUGAUGUGACUGUCCCGAAAGAAAUCUCGACCGCAAUCGAGGGAAUUGUAAAGGACUUUGGAAAACUGGACGUUAUCGUGGCUAACGCCGGGAUUUGCUCUGAACAUGCGGCUAUGGACUAUACUCCAGAGGAAUUCCAAGAGAUCAUGAACCUCAACGUUAACGGUGCAUUUUAUACCGCACAAGCUGCCGCGAGAAUGUUCCAACAACAGGGUUUCGGCAAUGUGGUAUUCACGGCAUCUGUCAGUGCCACACUGGUCAAUACUCCCCAGAAGCAAGCUGCGUAUGACGCCUCAAAAGCCGGUGUCUUACAGUUAACGAAGUCUCUCGCGGUAGAGUGGGUGGACUUUUGCCGUGUCAAUUGUGUAUCGCCAGGAUAUGUCAAAACUCAGAUAAUGAACUAUGCGUCUAAGGAGAUGCUUGAUACUUGGCUGUCUCAAAUUCCGGUACGUCGAUUCGCUUCUCCAUAUGAACUUAAAGGGGUUUACCUUUUUUGCGCCUCGGAUGCGUCUAGUUAUAUGACCGGUUCUAACCUGGUGGUUGAUAGUGGAUUUACCCUCUCAUGA